AUGACGCCCGAUGUGGUGGCAGAAUUCCCUUUAGAAGAAGAAUACAAGAAGAAGACAUUGAUAUCUCCUCAGGAUAUCGCCAAAUUACGCCAGUGGCUCGACACCCAACCUCAUCUGCCUUCCAAAUAUAUAACAGAUUUAGAUCUAAUCCUGAUAUUUCACUGCUGUGACAGGAGCAUAGGUGUAUCCAAGCAAGUGCUGGAUCUACACUUUACACUCCGAACACUUUUCCACACUUACUUCAAAGACCGAAGAGUGGAUGACUCAGUAGCGCAAGCUAUGAACACGGUGUUAAUGACACCACUGGCGAUGCGUGCUAGAGACGAAUCAAAAGUCUUAUACACUCACUUCUUAGAUCUUGAACUAAAAAAAUUCAAUCUAGGAGACUGCAUUAGAACCGUUCUCAUGGUCCUGGACUUGAAGCAAUACGAGGAAGGCACGUGGCCCGGUCUUGUGAUAGUUAUUGACUUCGAAAGUAUGACCCUUGGACAUUUGGCCAGACUAGACUUGCAGAACUUGCAGCAAUUCUUAUAUUAUUUACAGGAAGCGAUGUUGGUUAAAUUAAAAGGAAUCCAUUUCUUGAACGCGCCUUCUUUUAUCGACAAGUUACUAAUGAUGAUACGUCCGUUUAUGAAGAGGGAGCUCAUGGACGUCCUACAUGUGCAUCAAGUCGGCUCGAAGACACUUGAUCCUUAUGUUCCCAUGGAAGCAUUACCUAGUGACGCGGGGGGUAGUUUUAAAACCAUGUCUGAAUGUCGAGAUGCAAUUAUAGCAUAUAUACAGGCUAACAAUGAAUUCUUCGUUCAAGAAAACAGAAAGCGUGUCGUGGAGUCGUUGCGACCCGGAAAACCAAAAACAAUUUCCGACAUCUUUGGAGGUGUAGAAGGAUCGUUUAAGAAGCUCGAUAUUGACUGA